AGCAAACAAAACAUCCACUGACAAAAUCUUCUGUCGUAUUCUGAUUUUGUGUGGUUUUAUAUAAACCACCAAAUGAGUAAAUGUACUGAACCUGAAUCGGUUCCCACUAUAAUCCUCAGCGAAAAUGCGUUCACUUCACCUAAUCGUCUUCAUCAUUAUUAUCAGUCUUUUGGUUAAAGCUUCGAAAAGCGACGAUGGGUUUUGUUCAGCGCCUUCGCCUUCGAUCGAUGAGAAGACGAAACCCAUUUACUGGAAAGUCACGAAUCCAACACUCUCUCCUUCCCACCUCCAAGACUUGCCGGGGUAUACAAGAAGUGUAUACAAACGAGAUCAUGCGUUAAUAACACCGGAAAGUCAUGUAUACAGCCCUUUACCUGACUGGACAAAUACAUUAGGGGCGUAUUUGAUCACACCAGCAAUGGGUUCUCACUUUGUCAUGUACUUUGCUAAAAUGAAAGGAAUGUCAAGUUCAGGUUUACCUCCAAAGGACAUAGAGCGUCUUGUAUUCGUGGUUGAGGGUGCUGUGACACUUACUAACACAUCCAGUUCUUCAAUUAAAUUGACGGUUGAUUCAUAUGCAUACCUACCUCCAAACUUUUAUCAUUCCUUGGACUGUGUCGAGUCUGCAACACUUGUUGUCUUUGAGCGGAGGUAUGAACAUUUAGGAAGUCACACAACAGAGCUUAUCGUUGGAUCCACUGACAAGCAACAACUACUUGAGACUCCCGGUGAGGUUUUUGAGCUGCGGAAACUUCUUCCUGUCUCCCUUGCUUAUGACUUCAACAUCCAUAUUAUGGAUUUUCAGCCUGGAGACUUUCUCAAUGUUAAGGAAGUCCAUUAUAACCAACAUGGUUUGUUGCUUCUGGAGGGCCAAGGCAUUUAUCGAUUGGGCGAUAACUGGUAUCCAGUGCAGGCUGGUGAUGUCAUAUGGAUGGCUCCUUUUGUUCCUCAAUGGUAUGCUGCGCUGGGAAAGACUAGGUCUCGGUAUUUGUUGUACAAAGAUGUCAAUCGCAAUCCGUUGUGAUCAGAAUAUCUAAAUUACUUGGUGUGAUUUCGUAAAAGCCUCAUGUUCAUUAAAAACGUUAGCUACUAGUGUCAUAAUUGUAUGAAGAAAACAAAUUUGAAAUGUCAGUUGCAUCUACUACAUGAAAUCACAUUAAAGAGGUUGCUUACGUUUCA